CAAGAGGAAGAGAAUUUAGCUUGACUCAAUCUCCCAUUUUCUUCUCCCCUUAUAGCCCUUUCAUCCCUAAACUUCAUAGGGUUUCACUCAGAACUCCCUCCCUCUCUCCCCUUGCCGCGUCGUCACCGCGCGGCAAACCCCCUUCCCUGCCUCUGGCUCUGCCUCUCAUCAUCAACCUCAAAAUAGAAAACAAAACAAAACAUCAAAAAAGAAAAGGUUUCAAAAAAAGCAAAAGCAGGCAUGAAAAUGCCUUGGAUGAAACUCUUAUGUCUUGCAUUUCUCUGUAUCUCUUUAAGAAUUCAGCUCUGUUACGGCCAAGAUAACACGGAUGACUACAGUGAUCCAGUGGCGGCACCACCACCGGGCCAAGACAAUUGUAAUGGCGUAUUCUUGAGCUACGCUUUCACGUCAAGGAAUAAAGAGUAUCCCCACGUAAAGAACAUAACAGCUCAAUCAUGGGCGUUCAAGUCUAUAGCCACUAUAAUGAAUGCGGGAACAGAAGAGGUAAAGGGAUGGAAGAUGUUCGUAGGGUUUCAACAUAGGGAGAUAUUGGUGUCUGCAACGAACGCGGUCGUCGUAGACGGCAGCGGAGAUUUUCCUGUGGCUGUUGGGAAUGGAACAACCUUGUCAGGGUACCCCAUGACGGACCUCAAGACGUCCAUUGACACUGCUGGGGAUUAUAACCAGAUUGCCGUGCAGGUUGAGUUCACCGGCACCAUGUUUGGCUUGAAAGAGAAGGUGAUUCCGAUGCCGAAGACGAUCAGGCUGGCCAACGAUGGCUGGAACUGCCCCCAGCCUACUAAACAUACCACCUACAUGCAUGUGUGUUGCAAAAAGAAUCCCAAAUUCAAGGCCAAGCCUGUGAGGGGCAAGUACUUGCCUAGGCAAUAUGGGGAUCUCAACUUCAUGUAUGAUGUUCUUCAAGCUUAUGAAGGCAGCUAUGUCGCCCAAGUAACCAUGGACAACAACAGCCCCUUAAGCCGCCUUGAUCACUGGAACUUGACUUGGGAAUGGAUGAGAGGGGAGUUCAUUUACUCCAUGAGAGGAGCCUACACUCACAAAAUCGAUUACUCUGAUUGCAUCUAUGGCCUAGCCGGGCAAUACCUCAAGGACUUUGAUUUCAGUCAAGUCAUGAAUUGCCAGAAAAAGCCUGUGAUUGCUGAUCUACCAGCUGAUAGAGCGAAUGAUACCACGGUUGGCAAGAUUCCUUAUUGUUGCAGGAAUGGCACUCUCUUGCCACCCUUGAUGGAUGAAAGCAAAGCAAGGUCAAUUUUCCAAUUAAGGGUAUACAAAUUGCCUCCUGAUACCAGCAAGACUGCUUUGUAUCCACCACAAAGAUGGAACAUUACUGGGGUACUCAAUCCCCACUACAAAUGUGGCCCUCCAAUUAGAGUUGAUCCAACAGAAUUUCCUGACAGGACUGGCCUCCAGGCCACGACAAGUGCUAUUGCAAGUUGGCAAGUUGUCUGCAACAUUACCAAGCCAGAGAAGAAAAAAACCAAGUGCUGUGUUUCCUUCUCAGCUUACUACAAUGAUUCUGCCAUUCCAUGCAGUACCUGUGCUUGCGGCUGUGAUAAUAUCGAUACGGAUACUUGCAACCCCAACGGGCGUUCGAUGCUUCUCCCAGCAGAUGCUCUACUUGUUCCUUUUGAAAACAGGACAGCUAAAGCUAAAGCCUUUGCCCAUCUCAAGCACAGGGCUGUUCCUAAAAAGUUGCCUUGCCCUGACAAUUGCGGAGUUAGUAUAAAUUGGCAUGUUAACUCUGAUUACAAGACCGGAUGGACAGCUCGGAUCACCCUGUUUAAUUGGGGAGAUUCUCCAUUUGAGGACUGGUUCGCUGCUGUUCAAAUGAACAAGGCUUUCCCCGGUUAUGAAAAUGUCUAUUCCUUCAAUGGAACAAAGCUGCAAUCCGUUAAGAAUACCAUUUUCUUCCAGGGUUUGCCAGGUUUGAAUUACUUGGUGGCAGAGAGAAAUGGGACUAAACGACAUGAUCCGAGAGUCCCUGGAAAGCAACAAUCUGUGAUUUCAUUCACAAAGAAACAUACACCAGGAAUAAACAUUCGACAUGGCGAUGGAUUCCCAUCAAAGGUGUUCUUCAACGGGGAAGAAUGUGCUCUUCCUGAUGAUUUUCCAAGGAGUGCAGGGCACAGCUCUCGCGUUUCCGUCUCAGCUGCUAUCUUCAUAGUUAUUCUGACUUUCUUGCUCAUGACAGACCGUUUCCAUUUAUGAUCUUUGAAGGGUCCCUUUUUUUCUUGUAGUGUAUUAGCUUUGAAAUAAUGCUGAUGUGACAUGGGUGGAUAGAGGAUGGAGAGCAAUGCGCAACUACAACUUGAAGAAGGCUUCUUCUGCUAUAAAUUUGAUCAUCAAGAAGUGCAGAGAUGAGGAAACUGUAACAACUGUGAAAAACAGAAAAAUUUAUGAUAAUUUGUGCUUGAGCUGUACCGUAGAUAUUAUUUAUUGCCUGACAAGGCCUUUCCAAUGUAAUAUUUCGGACAACCAUCUUUUUGCUUUCUGGUAUAUUGUAUUUUUUUUUUACUGCAAAAGACAAAUUAGAACUUCCAUUUGAUC